UGCAUUUCUCACUUGAUGAUAUCUUUUUCUCACUGCGCAGAAGGAAAUGAUAAUCUGACCUCUGCCAGCUCUCUCCCCUCUACGUUACCUACACGCUCCACAUCAUUCUCACCUCCAAGCACCACUGCAGGAGUUCAGCCAGCAGCAACAGGUGCCUCUCCCGCAGCCAGCACACACCUCUCCACGCACACAGGCUCCAGUCCGACCACGGGACUCGGCCACUCGCAGCAUAGCAGCCCUGUUGCCCUCACCACACGCACUCUCACUGCCUUUCAUCAGACUGCAUCAGAUUAUUACAGUUCAACAUCCUUGCACAGCACCACCUCAGCAGUCACCAUGCCAGCAAGCACUGAGACCAUCCCCACUAGCAUAAUAGAAAGUACUACAACAACAGAAGAACCUUGUGAUAAUGAUAUUGAUGACGUGAUUAUAGUAGAAAAGAAUAACUUACCUGAAGUUACGCUAAAGAAUCUCAAAGGAAACAGAAAAUAUUCUAUUUGGGGGAAAGAUGGGGAGAUCUCACAAGUGAGUGCCAGCAACAACACAGUAGUGCUUAAGUGGUGCAGAAGAUAUACAGUUAAAUCUGCUGGUUGCAACGACAUGUAUCUUACUAUUCCACCUGAUGAAAAAAGGUAUACUUUUAAUACCACGUGCAUUGGAAACAACACUGCAAAAUUGCAUUUAAAUUCUUUAUGUAGAGAUUGCGAAGAUGGCUGUCCUAAUGUGGCUGUUAGCUGCAAAACGAAUAAUUCAAGUUCAGAACGCACUUGGAAAUCAAUUAAUGACUCCAUAUCGCUAAAGUCUUUAUUAUCGGACAGUGAGUACAUCUGCAGUGUUACGGUACAUUUUUUUGAAAAGAACUUCACCAAUGAUAUCAAUAUAACCACAGAUUAUGAUGCUCCAAAAGUACCAGGAAAUCUCACGAUAGAUACUACUGCCAGAAAUGUAACAUUUACGUGGGUGGAACCUACCAGUGCAUCAGAAAAACAUAUAGAUGGCUAUGUUGUGACAUGCAAUGACAGUGUUAAACGUAAGGAUUGCCCCUUUGUUAUAGAAUAA